CUGAUAACGCGCUACGGGAGGCAGUGGUGCUGAUGUUGCCGGUCGCGUACUCGCGUCAUCCAAACAUUCCAAACUAGCCUUGCAAUAUUUAUUGCUUUAUUAAUUAUUAGGCGUCGCGCGCUAUACUUGUUAAUUACUCUCGUCCUUGCGCGUCUGCCGUUUUUCCGUUUUUAGCGAUCCCCCCCUCACCGUAUCGUUCAAAGACGAGUAGUAGCGUCGUUGGUUGCACCCGCGUCCGUCGCCGGCUCAUGUACACCGGGAUUUCCGCCGUCGAACAGCCGAAGAGUCCACCACCGUCGACGACCUACGACCAUUUGCUGUUGCUCACUCGAUACCGCCGUCCGUCCAUUACUGUCUCGCCGCUAGGUUAGUGCUGCACAGCCGACGAGCGUCGACAUGAUCUCGUUCACCGAGCUGUUUCAACGGGUCGCUUUGCUCGUCCUCACGCCGAAAUGCUACCAAGUGUUCUUCUACGAUUUGGAUUUCUUCAACGGUACUUGUAUAAGAUCUGCUCUCAGUAAAGGUCUUGGAUUUGGAAUAGUUGGUGGAUCUCUUUUAGUCAAACUUCCGCAAGUUAUCAAAGUAUGGCAAAGUAAAAGUGCUGUUGGAAUUAGUCUGGUAAAUGUUUGCAUGGAUCUAUUUGCUGUCACAGCAAAUGUUGUAUAUAGCUAUUCUAGUCAAUUUCCAUUCAGCUCAUGGGGUGAUUCAUUAUUUAUACUAUUCCAAACAUUACUAAUUGUAAUAUUAGUUUUUUAUUAUAACAUAUCCAAGAGAGCGGCUAGUGCUUUUGCAUUUAUUUAUUGUUCGUUAUUGUUUCUACUCGUAUCAGAUAUUGUUCCAAAUUCUUUCCUUUGGAAUGCACAGUUUGUCAGCAUACCUUUAAUGUUUUAUGGCAAGAUGACUCAAGGUUAUGUAAAUUAUCAAAAUAAAAGCACAGGGCAAUUGUCAAUGGCUACGUCUAUUCUUUUAUUUUUGGGAUCAUCUGUACGAGUAUUCACGUCUGUACAAGAAACUGGAGAUAACCUUUUAAUUUGGAGUUUUGCUUUGGCGUCUUUUGCCAACUUUAUAAUUGUUACUCAAUUUUAUUGCUAUAAAUCAGGGUCACCUGUUAAAACUAAAAAAAAAACUAAAAAGAAUAAAAGAUUAUAAAUAAAAUAAUCAGUAUGCCAUUUAUAUUCAACUAUCACAUGUUUACAAAAUAAAAUAGUGUCAUAGUAGAUAUAUAAUAACCAGGUGAUUGUCCAGUCUUUUAAGUAAAUCUUUUAAUUGGUAUGAAUAUAUAUACUGUUUCUAAAAAUAUUUAGAUAUUAAAUUUUAAUUGCAAAAUUCCAUUAAUGUUUCAAUAAACUGAUCAGAAUUUAUUUUAGAUAGAAAAGUAAUGUAUGUGUUUAUGUGUUUUGUUAGGAAAUGUUUGUAAAAUUGUAUUUUAAUUAAUUUCUUAUAAC